UCUCAAUCACCAAGAAAAACAUCACUCCACCUCGUUUUUUCACUCUAAAUAAUCUCUCUGUAUUGUCUUUUCAUUCCCCAGAAUUCCUCGUCUUUCCAAAGAGUUUGUCGUUGUUGCCAGAUGACGAAGGAAAGAGGAGGAACCGAGCCGGUCAACAAAACCAACCCUACUCGCCGGCCGACUUUCGGAGCGUUCUUGCGUUCUGAACCCACCCUCUUGCCUCAGGACCAAGACGGCUGCUAUGCCGCCGCGGCCUCCGCCAAUGACAACCACCGCGUCAGCAACGCAUCCGCCGCAGCAAGCCCGCUUCACUACUACAUCGCCUCACCGUCCGCGGGCUAUUCCACGUCCUCACCGAGCCCCUACCUCAUGUCACCGUUGAACCAGCAGUCUCCCUACGCCAAAUCCCCUUGGAUAGUGCCGUCGCCGCUCCUCGGGGGAUUCUCCCCCGGGAACAGCGCCCUGGUCGGUUCCCUCGUCCGCAAGGAGGGCCAUGUGUACUCCCUUGCGGCCACUGGCGACUUGCUGUACACGGGCUCCGACAGCAAGAACAUCCGUGUGUGGAAGAACUUCAGGGAAUUCUCGGGGUUCAAGUCCAACAGCGGUCUGGUCAAGGCUAUCGUCAUCUCCGGUGACAGAGUUUUCACCGGCCACCAAGACGGCAAGAUCCGAAUUUGGAAAAAGCCCUCGGAAGAUAAUCACCAUCUCAAUAAUUUGUCUGCGGCCGCGCACAAGCGCAUCGGCAGCUUGCCCACGUUGAAGGACUACAUCAAGAGCUCCAUAAACCCUAAGAACUACGUUGAGGUCCGCCGGCACAGCAAGGCCUUGCGCAUCAAGCACUUUGACGCGGUGUCGUGCUUGAGCCUGAACCAGGAGGCAGGCAUCUUGUAUUCGGGCUCUUGGGACAAGACCAUGAAGGUCUGGAGACUAUCCGAUUCCAAGUGCUUAGAAUCGGUUGAUGCUCACAACGAUGCGAUAAACUCGAUCGCCUCGGGGUUCGACAGCUUGGUCUUCACCGGCUCGGCCGAUGGAACGGUGAAGGUGUGGAGGAGAGAGUUGCAUGGGAAGGGGACGAGGCAUGUCUUGGUUCGGGUCCUGUUGGACCAGGAAAGCGCGGUCACGUCGCUGGCCGUGGGCGAGGCCUCCGGGGUGGUCUACUCUGGGUCGUCCGACGGCGCGGUCAACUUCUGGACGAGCAAGAAGCACCUGUCCCAUGGCGGGUUGCUCCGAGGCCACAAGCUGGCGGUCCUGUGUCUGGCGGCUGCCGGGAACUUGGUGCUCAGCGGCUCCGCCGACAAGAGCAUCUCCGUUUGGCGAAGGGACCCCGUCACCGGGGCCCACUCUUGGCUGAGCGUGCUGACAGGGCACGGCGGGCCCAUCAAAUGCCUGGCCGUCGAGCAGGAGCAGACGCCGGGGGCGGACCACGAGGGCGAGGAGCAGAAUGGUCCGCGGUGGAUAGUGUACAGCGGGAGCUUGGACAAGUCGGUGAGGAUAUGGUGCGUAUCGGAGCACAUGCCGGAGAUGAGGCCGUACUCGAGUCCCUGUCGCUCGCCGGAGUGAUUGGAAAGCAGUUAUGGUUACUUCAGAUCCACCGGAUCCGGCGGUUGGGGUCGAAUCGAUAGUACAUAUUCUCAUGCUACUAAAAAAUUAAAUUUCAAAAGCUCCUGGGUCAAAAACGAUGCCGAAAGAUGUCCGAUCCGGUGGUCCCCACGCACGAGAAAGCGUGAGGAGAGGGGAAACGGACUCUCCCGUUGCGGGGGUCGGUCGGGCGGGGCCCACACUGGUUUUCUUUCACGGUGGAAGAAGGAGGCCCCACUAUUAUGUAUUUGGCGGGUGUGAAUUGAAAAAGGCACGUUGGACGUUGAACUGGACGGCCUUCAUUGCGAAGCGAUGAACCAGAAAGGAGGUGGUCUCACGACCACAUUCGACGACGUUACGAGACUUCUAGAAAUCCAACACAAGAUGUGGACCGUGCCUUUUUCUCUGGAGCACUCGUUUUAUCAUGUCAUGAACAAACCAAAUUGAAAGGUUGCAGAAGAAGAAGAAGAAGACGGUACAUGAAUA